AUGACAGUUGGAAGAAUUAAGCUAUUCAACGAUCGAUUUAAUACAAAUUUUCAAAUCUAUAACCCUAAAGACAGUCAUUUUCAACCAAGAAAUGCAAACAUAGACUUAGAUUGGGUUUUUUACUUACACAAAGAACAUUUUUGUUUGAUAAGAAGAAAUAAUAAAGUUUUGGGUAUUAAAGAAAUAGAAGAUAAUUUCGAUGAAAACGUAUGGAGAACUUGUGGAGAUGAUAAUGCGGUAACAUGUUUUGCUCAGUUAAAACUAAACGUGAUUUCACAACCCCAUGAUGAUACUUUAUUCGCUUGGGAUUGUGAAUCUUAUAGCGAAAAAGAAACGAAUAAAGCUAUUCCUUAUUGUUGUACUUUAGUCAAUUUGGAAAAACUAAGGAAAAAACUAGAACUAACUAAAAGAGUAUUCCCAGAUUUAAAGUCAACUGAUCCCAUUCCAGAAGAAUUUUACAACAAACUCAUGACUAAUAUAGUAGAAAUAUUUGUAGGAACAGAUUGUUUCGAUCAGGUGUUGUGUCGUUUAGGUACAGUAGAUCAAAAAAGACUAACCUUAAUUUCCCAUAACGGCAGUGGUUUUGACAACUGGAUUGCACUUAAAAGCCUUAAUAAACAAACACAAUGUCCACUAGUAACAGAUAAAACAAUUCUAUCUCUUCCUUUAUCUAAUCCAUAUACAGAAGAAUGA